AUGGAGGCGCGAAAAAACGAGGCCCCAGUGAAUGCGCAAGUCCCUCAGGAGCUGAGCGGAGUGCUGGGGCUGAAGCCUCUCGUUUGGUCCAAAGCCAAAGUGUUCACGCAGGCGUUUCUGAAAAAGAGCAUUCCCAGCGGCUCAAAGUCCGACGUGAAGGAAAUCCUUUCUCACAAAGCCCUGGUUCUGGAGUACGGCCGCAAAAAUACCAAAUGCAAACAGAAGAAAGCCAAAGGACUCAACGCCAAACAGAAGAGGGACCUGAAGAUCUUUGACAUCAAACCAGAACACCAGAAAUACGAGCUGUUCCUUCCUCUUCACGAUCUCUGGAAACAGUACAUCACUGACCUGUGCAACGGCCUGCAGCCAAACACAAAUCCACAGUUGGUUCAGGGGAAACUUUUAAAGGCGGAUCUCCACGGUGCAAUCAUCAAAGUGGUUCGUUCCAAAUGCGCAGCAUACGUCGGCCUAACAGGGAUUUUGAUUCAAGAAUUCAAACACAUUUUCAAAAUCAUCACGAAAAAAGACAAAUUAAAAGUGAUCCCCAAGAGGCUCAGCGUGUUCGAGAUCGAGGUCAACGGUUUCGUGUCUCACAUUUACGGCAGCGGAAUCGAACAGCGAGCGAGCGAGCGGUCGGCCAAGAAGUUCAAAUACAAGGGAGCCAUCGACCUGUGA